AUGGUGGAUUUCAAAUAUGAGAGACUUGUUAGUAUGGGCUAUUACUGUGGAAUCCUGGGCCACCUGGAUAGAGCUUGCAACAAGAGAGAUGAAGACAUAACCAACAGAUCAUUGAAAGAAGGCCUUUAUAGGGAAUGGAUGCGAGCGCAAGAAAUUCCAUUGCUCUCUGGUUAUGGCCAUAACAUCAACUCACCCUCAACCCCUAUUAGAUCCAUUUCACCAGAUCCCAAGCCUUCCUCAAGAACCCGAGACAGUGCAUACAUCCCAUCUCCUAUUAACCCUGACCUUUCCAACCCUACCCCGCAAACAAACACACCAACACCUCCUAAGUUAAUCUCUGAAUCCCAGCUUCCCUAG